GCCAUGCCCCGCACCCUCGGGGGCGAGCAGGGCGGCUCCGCCGGGCUGUGGGUGAAGAGCGGGGGAGAGGGGGGAAGGGGGCCCGGCAUGAAGGAUGUGGAGUCCGGCCGGGGCAGGGGGUUGCUGAGCGCGGCCGGCCGAGGGGACGGCCUGUUGCCCCGGGAGAACCGGCGGGGCAAGCAGGGCGCCCGGAUGAGCCUGCUGGGCAAGCCGCUGGCCUACACCAGCAGCCAGAGCUGCCGGAGGACCGCCAAGUACCGCAGGGUGCAGAACUAUCUGUACAACGUGCUGGAGAGGCCCCGCGGCUGGGCGUUCAUCUACCACGCCUUCGUUUUUCUCCUUGUAUUUGGUUGCUUGAUUUUAUCCGUGUUUUCCACCAUCCCAGAGCACACAAAAUUGGCCUCCAGUUGCCUCUUGAUUCUGGAGUUUGUUAUGAUUGUCGUCUUUGGUUUGGAGUUUAUCAUACGUAUCUGGUCUGCGGGUUGCUGUUGUCGAUACAGAGGAUGGCAAGGAAGAUUAAGAUUUGCCAGGAAACCGUUCUGUGUUAUAGAUACUAUUGUUCUGAUUGCUUCAAUAGCAGUUGUUUCUGCAAAAACUCAGGGUAACAUUUUUGCCACAUCCGCACUCAGAAGCCUUCGCUUCCUUCAGAUUCUCCGUAUGGUGCGCAUGGAUCGAAGAGGAGGAACUUGGAAAUUAUUAGGCUCGGUUGUUUAUGCUCACAGCAAGGAAUUAAUCACAGCCUGGUAUAUAGGAUUUUUGGUUCUUAUUUUUUCAUCUUUCCUUGUCUACCUGGUGGAAAAGGAUGCAAACAAGCAGUUUUCUACUUACGCAGAUGCUCUUUGGUGGGGCACGAUUACACUGACAACGAUUGGCUAUGGAGACAAAACUCCUCUAACUUGGCUUGGAAGAUUGCUCUCUGCAGGGUUUGCACUCCUCGGCAUUUCUUUCUUUGCCCUACCUGCUGGCAUUCUUGGCUCAGGAUUUGCAUUAAAAGUACAGGAACAGCAUCGACAAAAACAUUUUGAGAAAAGAAGGAAUCCGGCUGCCAGUCUAAUUCAGUGUGUAUGGCGUAGUUAUGCGGCUGAUGAGAAGUCGGUUUCCAUUGCUACUUGGAAGCCUCAUUUGAAGGCCUUGCAUACCUGCAGCCCUACAAAGAAAGAACAAGGAGAAACUACAAGCAGCCAGAAGCUAAGUUUUAAAGAGCGUGUGCGGAUGGCUAGCCCCCGGGGACAGAGCGUUAAGUGCAGACAGGCAUCGGUCGGAGACCGCCGGUCCCCAAGCGCUGACAUCACAGCUGAGGGCAGCCCCACUAAAGUGCAAAAGAGCUGGAGCUUCAACGACCGAACCCGCUUCCGGCCUUCUCUCCGCCUGAAAAGUUCUCAACCCAAACCAGUAAUAGAUGCUGACACAGCUCUUGGAACAGAUGAUAUGUAUGAUGAGAAAGGAUGCCAGUGUGAUGUGUCAGUAGAAGAUCUCACCCCACCCCUUAAGACUGUCAUUAGAGCCAUCAGAAUUAUGAAAUUUCAUGUUGCGAAAAGAAAAUUUAAGGAGACUCUGCGUCCAUAUGAUGUGAAAGAUGUCAUCGAACAGUAUUCUGCUGGACACCUGGAUAUGUUGUGUAGAAUCAAAAGUCUUCAAACACGCGUUGACCAAAUUCUUGGAAAAGGGCAAAUCACAACCGAUAAGAAAAACCGUGAGAAGAAUACUACAGAGAAUGAGGCAACUGAUGACCUCAGUAUGUUGGGACGGGUUGUCAAAGUCGAGAAACAGGUACAGUCCAUCGAGUCAAAACUCGACUGCCUACUAGAUAUAUAUCAACAGGUCCUGAGGAAAGGCUCAGCCUCGGCCCUGACUUUGGCUUCAUUUCAAAUUCCACCUUUCGAAUGUGAACAGACAUCCGAUUAUCAAAGUCCCGUGGACAGCAAAGACCUGUCAAGUUCCGCGCAAAACAGUGGCUGCUUAACCAGAUCCGCAAGCGCCAACAUCUCUCGGGGCCUACAGUUUAUACUGACGCCAAAUGAGUUUAGCACUCAGACUUUCUAUGCUCUUAGUCCCCCUAUGCACAGUCAGGCCUCCCAGGUGCCAAUGAAUCCGAACGAUGGACCCGCACUGGUCGUCACCAAUAACAUUGCAAACCAAAUAAACCAGGCGGCCAAGCCGGCGGCGCCAACGACGCUCCAGAUCCCGCCUUUCCCGUCCAUCAAGCAUAUUACCAGGCCUGAGCCUAUUCAGAUCAGCCCUGCGUCCAUGCAGGAUAGUAUUCCAGACAUCACCGCCUGCCUUGUUGCCUCAAAGGAAAGUAUUCAGGUCGCCCAGGUGAACCUGACCAAGGAUCCUUCUUUGAGGAAAAGCUUUGACACAGGAGGGGAAACUUUGUUAACGGUUCGGCCGGGGGCCCCGAAGGAUUUGGGCAAGUCGUUGUCGGUACAAAACCUGAUCAAGCCGGCCGAGGACCUCAACAUCCAGCUUUCAGGGAGUGACUCGAGCGGCUCCAGGGGCAGCCAGGAGUUCUACCCUAAAUGGCGGGAGGCCAGAUUGUUUAUAACUGACGAAGAGGUGGGGACGGCGACCGAAACGGACAUCUUGGAGGGCGUCUCUCAGCCGGCCGUGGAAACGGUUUUCCCUUCUGACUCUCUGAGGACUGGAAUGUCGAGAUCAUCUCAAAGUAUCUGUAAGGCCGGGGACAGUGCCGACACACUCACCCUGCCUCACGUCAAGCUUAAAUAAUGUCUUGGUUUUCUUUCUAGGCUUAGUAAUUCCUUUAGCCAUACAUAUCAUUGCAUGAACUGGUUUGACAGCCCUUUUGAAAAAGAUCAAAUUUCAAGAAUCGGGAAGAAAAUGGAAGGCAGUUGAAUGAGCCCAUUAUCUUCUAAUUGCAUGAAAAUGCAUGUUUAAGGGAUGGCAGAAAUUCCGAGUUCCACUACAUUAACCCAUUCAUUUUCAGAGGUACACAGGCUAAAAAUCCUGGGGCACCUACCCAGCCGAGACUAUGACGUGUGCGAAAAAGCCAAGAUUUGAACAUUCAAAAAUGCUGGUUUGACCACGGUGCAGAAGCAAUCGUCUUGAAAUGCUAAGCACUUUUGCAUCUGGGUUAAUUAUACUAUGUCUUUCCAGAAUUAGGUGGUAGUUUAUGUUUACAACAAAAGUACUAUCUACAGCUGCUAGCAAGGUACCACGUACUAUGGGGUUAGAAAUGGCUGCUAGUUGCAAGGUACACAUGUCAACUCAUUAUUCGACUUAUUUUAUUACUAACAUAUUAGAACGUUUAUUUCUGUAUAUUUUUGGUGAU